CGACCGUGUGAGCAGAUCCAAAACAGCCGAGAGGGAUGGCGCGACGUGUGAACCAAGGCAACAAGCGUGCAUCAAAGACGUAUGAGCGCCCAGGUCUGAGCGAAGAAGAGAUCGAAGAGAUUCGAGAGGCUUUCAACCUGUUCGACACGGACGGCAGCGGCACCAUUGACCCGAAAGAACUCAAAGCCGCAAUGCAGUCACUCGGUUUCGAAGCCAAGAACCAGACGAUUUAUCAAAUGAUUGGUGACAUUGACAAGGACGGGUCGGGCUCUAUUGACUUCGAAGAGUUCCUGGACAUGAUGACAGCCAAGAUGAGCGACAAGGAUUCUAGGGAAGACAUCCAAAAGGUGUUCAACCUGUUUGACGACGACGGAACAGGUAAAAUUUCACUGCGGAACCUGAAGCGUGUGGCAAAGGAACUUGGGGAAACCAUGUCAGACGCAGAGUUGCUUGAGAUGAUCGAGCGUGCGGAUGGAGACCAAGACGGGGAAAUCAACCCCGAAGAAUUUUAUGCGAUCAUGACGAAGAAGACAUUUACUUAAAUGAGGCACAUCCACAAUUCAUUUGAUCGUUGUACCUCAUGCAUUGUCAAAAGUCCUCGCCAAGUUGCUCUUCCGCUCGCUCUUUCGAAUGUCUUC